CAUGAAGUGUUACAGGAAGGUGCCAAGAUGAUCAGCGUGCUGAUGCUCAUCCCUGCACUCUCUCCUUUAUCUGCUCCUCAAGCUGCUCAUCUCUUCACUCAGCACAGAGAGUCAUCACACACUGACAAGAUGCUGCCAGCACUCUGCUCUCUCUUCACUGCUCUCUCAUGUGUCAGUGGUGUGACUGUCGUGACACAGAAGCCUCCUGUUCUCACACCCACUAAAGGAGAGACGACCACUAUGCACUGUAAUCUGGGGACUGUUACUAAUGUUGCAGCUUGGUAUAAACAGGUUCCAGGAGAAGCUCCACAGUAUGUGUUAAGGAAUUAUCAUGGCUGGAGCUCUCCUAGCUAUGGAUCUGGCUUCUCCUCUCCUAAAUUCACAUCAACACACUCGUCUCAAUCAGAUUACACUCUGAUCAUCAGUAAUGUGGAGGUAGGAGACUCUGCAGUGUAUUACUGUCAGACAUAUGACAGCUCUGCUAGUGAGUGGGUAUUCGGCCAAGGAACAAAGCUGAUCGUCACUGACUCUGCUGUCCCGGCUCCCAUUCUGACCAUCUUCCCUCCAUCCAGUGAAGAGCUGAAGUCUAACAAAGCCACUCUAGUGUGUUUGGCCAAUGACGUGUCCAGUGCUUUAGCUGAUGUGCGUUGGCUGGUGGACGGAAAGGCGGUCAGCAGUGGAGUGACCACUGGCUCUGCAGCGCAGCAGCCCAAUAAGAAGUUCAGACUGAGCAGCUAUUUGACCAUUGAGAGAUCAGAGUGGGAUAAAGAUAAAGCCAUAACAUGUGAAGUGUCUGCUGCCUCAAAAGCCACAACUAAAGAGAUUAAGAAGUCUGAAUGCAGCGACUGAACCGGAUCACAUCUGAUACUUUUUCAUUCUUUUCCUGCAAACUAACAGCUGCUACUUGGCAGAGCUUCAUAGAAACAGUAGUUUAAUGUGUAGUGAAAGAUGCUGAUUUCAUUAACAACAACUGGAUCAUCUCCUGCUUUUCUAGUUGUUUGACUUUUAUGUUUAUGAACAAAGCUGUUUUUAAAGCUGUCUUUAAUAAAACGCAGAACUAAAAAUUAAA